CUCCUCCUCCUUCUCGGGGCUAUAAAGAUGGUGGGAAUCCACAUCCUCUUUACCUUGCAGAUGAUUAGGGUCAUUGGCGUCUUCCACGAACAGGCUUACACAAAGAACCAAUUCAACUGAAUCCCACCGACCGAUACACUUAUCAUUAUGCUCAAUCUUUGGAAAGAAGCUCUUGUUGGGGUACUCUUCAUAGAGUCAUUUGGUUCAGCCAUUGCUGUGCCACCUAGACUUCUCAUGCCCCGGUCAGACGAGCUCUCCACUCAGGGUCAUCACAUUAAACAGCGGGAAAAUCUGUCCCCUUAUGCUGGACUCUUCAUUCGAGAUGAUGACGACGAUGACCCACCGAGGCCACCCAAUGGACCACCCCGUCCUGAUAACAACCCGCCACCGCCGCGUCCUCCUCAAAGAGAUGAGGAUGACUACGACGAUCAACCUCGUCCUCAACAGACUCCUCCCCCUCCCCCUAAUCCUCCCAAUCCGCCCCCUAACCCACCUAAUCCGCCUCCUAAUCCACCACCGAACCCACCCAACCCACCCAACCCGCCUCCCAAUCCCAAUCCGCCACCACCACCACCACCAGCUGUGACAAACAUGGAUGAUGAUGAGGACGAUGCCCCUGGUCAACAGGAUAUGGAUGACUGA